AUGCAAAGAAAAGCACCUCCGCGGAGAUGGAGACACCGCAAUCGAGCACCGUUGACUCACAAGAUGAACAAAAUGGUAACGUCAGAAGAACAGAUGAAGUUGCCAUCCACCAAGAAGGCAGAGCCGCUGACUUGGGCACAACUAAAGAAGCUGACGCAGUUAGCUACAAAAUAUCUAGAGAACACAAAGGUGACACAAACCCCAGAGAGUAUGCUGCUUGCAGCCUUGAUGAUUGUAUCAACGGUGGUAAGUCUCCCUAUGCCUGCAGGAGCAGCUGCAGCUAAUUAUACCUACUGGGCCUAUGUGCCUUUCCCGCCCUUAAUUCGGGCAGUCACAUGGAUGGAUAAUCCUAUAGAAGUAUAUGUUAAUGAUAGUGUAUGGGUACCUGGCCCCACAGAUGAUCGCUGCCCUGCCAAACCUGAGGAAGAAGGGAUGAUGAUAAAUAUUUCCAUUGGGUAUCGUUAUCCUCCUAUUAGCCUAGGGAGAGCACCAGGAUGUUUAAUGCCUGCAGUCCAAAAUUGGUUGGUAGAAGUACCUACUGUCAGUCCCAUCAGUAGAUUCACUUAUCACAUGGUAAGCGGGAUGUCACUCAGGCCACGGGUAAAUUAUUUACAAGACUUUUCUUAUCAAAGAUCAUUAAAAUUUAGACCUAAAGGGAAACCUUGCCCCAAGGAAAUUCCCAAAGAAUCAAAAAAUACAGAAGUUUUAGUUUGGGAAGAAUGUGUGGCCAAUAGUGCGGUGAUAUUACAAAACAAUGAAUUCGGAACUAUUAUAGAUUGGGCAGCUCGAGGUCAAUUCUACCACAAUUGCUCAGGACAAACUCAGUCGUGUCCAAGUACACAAGUGAGUCCAGCUGUUGAUAGUGACUUAACAGAAAGUUCAGACAAACAUAAGUAUAAAAAAUUGCAGUCCUUCUACCCUUGGGAAUGGGGAGAAAAAGGAAUCUCUACCCCAAGACCAAAAAUAAUAAGUCCUGUUUCUGGUCCUGAACAUCCAGAAUUAUGGAGGCUUACUGUGGCCUCACACCACAUUAGAAUUUGGUCUGGAAAUCAAACUUUAGAAACAAGAGAUCGUAAGCCAUUUUAUACUAUCGACCUAAAUUCCAGUCUAACAGUUCCUUUACAAAGUUGCAUAAAGCCCCCUUAUAUGCUAGUUGUAGGAAAUAUAGUUAUUAAACCAGACUCCCAGACUAUAACCUGUGAAAAUUGUAGAUUGUUUACUUGCAUUGAUUCAACUUUUAAUUGGCAACACCGUAUUCUGCUGGUGAGAGCAAGAGAGGGCGUGUGGAUCCCUGUGUCCAUGGACCGACCGUGGGAGGCCUCGCCAUCCGUCCAUAUUUUGACUGAAGUAUUAAAAGUCUGCAGGUGUACCCAACAGCUCCGAAGAGACAGCGACCAUCGAGAACGGGCCAUGAUGACGAUGGCGGUUUUGUCGAAAAGAAAAGGGGGAAAUGUGGGGAAAAGCAAGAGAGAUCAGAUUGUUGCUGUGUCUGUAUAGAAAGAAGUAGACAUAGGAGACUCCAUUUUGUUCUGUACUAAGAAAAAUUCCUCUGCCUUGAGAUUCUGUUAAUCUAUAACCUUACCCCCAACCCCGUGCUCUCUGAAACAUGUGCUGUGUCAACUCAGAGUUAAAUGGAUUAAGGGCGGUGCAAGAUGUGCUUUGUUAAACAGAUGCUUGAAGGAAGCAUGCUCCUUAAGAGUCAUCACCACUCCCUAAUCUCAAGUACCCAGGGACACAAACACUGCGGAAGGCCGCAGGGACCUCUGCCUAGGAAAGCCAGGUAUUGUCCAAGGUUUCUCCCCAUGUGAUAGUCUGAAAUAUGGCCUCGUGGGAAGGGAAAGACCUGACCGUCCCCCAGCCCGACACCUGUAAAGGGUCUGUGCUGAGGAGGAUUAGUAUAAGAGGAAGGCAUGCCUCUUGCAGUUGAGACAAGAGGAAGGCAUCUGUCUCCUGCCUGUCCCUGGGCAAUGGAAUGUCUCGGUAUAAAACCCGAUUGUGUGCUCCAUCUACUGAGAUAGGGAAAAACCGCCUUAGGGCUGGAGGUGGGACCUGCGGGCAGCAAUACUGCUUUGUAAAGCAUUGAGAUGUUUAUGUGUAUGCAUAUCUAAAAGCACAGCACUUAAUCCUUUACAUUGUCUAUGAUGCAAAGACCUUUGUUCACGUGUUUGUCUGCUGACCCUCUCCCCACAAUUGUCUUGUGACCCUGACACAACCCCCUUUUCGAGAAGCACCCACGAAUGAUCAAUAAAUACUAAGGGAACUCAGAGGCUGGCGGGAUCCUCCAUAUGCUGAACGCUGGUUCCCCAGGUCCCCUUAUUUCUUUCUCUAUA